AUAACAAACAAAUACACAGUGCACGUGUUGUUUUGCUAUUGUUACAAAUUUUGUGAUUGUUCUUCCCUUUCUUGCUAUUGAAUAUUGUUGUAGAAAACAACAGUUACUAGUACAUAUUUUUCGUUAAAUUAAAAAGUUAUCAUUGUAUACUUGAUCAUACUAUUGGUGCAUUAACGACUUAUCAUUAUGGGAAAGAAAAGAAAACAUGCAAAUGACAACGAGUUUGAUCCAGUUCCGAAACACUUGGUAGCCUCUCAUAUUAAGAAACAAGAAAAACGAUUAAUUGUUAUUUUAGAAAAUGCCCAGUUGGAGACUGUAAAGGUUGGCAACAGUUUUGAGCUGUUGAACUGCGAUGAUCACGCUAAUAUUCUACGAAAGAAUGAUCGAGAUCCCGGGUCCUGCCGCCCGGACAUCACUCACCAGUCAUUGCUCAUGUUGAUGGACUCUCCCCUCAACCGAGCCGGGCUCCUGCAAGUUUAUAUUCACACUGAGAAGAAUGUUCUUAUAGAAAUUAACCCACAAACCAGGAUACCAAGAACUUUCAAAAGAUUUGCUGGACUAAUAGUUCAACUCCUCCACAAAUUUGCUAUCCGGGCUUCAGAUGGACCUAUGAAACUGUUGAAGGUUAUUAAGAAUCCUGUUGAGUCCCACCUUCCUGUUGGAGUCAAGAAAAUCACAAUGAGUUUCAGUUCAAAAGUUGUCACUAACUGCCGGGAAUUGGUGCCAAAAACUGAAGAGCCAAUAGUGAUGGUAAUUGGAGCCAUGGCUCAUGGCAAGGUGGAGGCGGACUACUCAGAAGAAGCCAUAUCCAUAAGCAACUAUCCCCUAUCAGCUGCCUUGACAUGUGCUAAGUUGUGUACAGCAUUUGAAGAAGUUUGGAAUAUAGCAUAGAAAAUAUUGAGUACUACUA